AUGUACCAACCACAGGGAGACUACCCAUCGCGGUCGCCUCCGCCGCUUCAGCAUCCCAUCCCCACACAUCCUCCGUUCAAAGUGCCCGAUCCGCCCAUCUCGCCCAACCCGGUCCCGCAAGCCUCGGUCACAGACCCGCACGUAUCCACCGCCAACCGACGCGGAGGACCCGCGGCCAACGUGCAAGCCUCCUCCACGGGCGGCUAUCAGCGCUUCGCAUCGCCGCCGAUCCAGUCGCCUCCCGGUCAGCCCUACUCUGGCUCGUCAUACGCCCAACCUGGUGCGGGUCCGAAUCAGAGCUACUUCGGCGGAGGUGCCCCGGGUCAGCAGCAGGGCUGGGGCGCUUUCGGCGGCUUCGGCGCCCAAGGCGGGCCUCCGAUCAUGAACGAUGCCACCGCGCAAAUGGGCGUUCAGUUCGGCCAGCACAUGGCCGCCGUUGGAGGCGAGUAUGUGCAGAAGAACUUCAACGCGCUGCUCCCGAUGCCGGUGCUCAAGCAUUACUUCAACGUGUCCAACUCGUACGUGCUGCACAAGCUGCGGAUCGUGCUGUUUCCGUGGCGGCACAAGCCGUGGUCUCGGGCGCACCGGCAUUCUGCGCCUGGCGUUGGGGUGAGUGGGGCCUACUCCGAGCCGGUGGGGGUGAAAACGGCGGCUAGUGGCGGGGAAGGUUAUCUUCCACCUCGAGACGACGUCAAUAGUCCGGAUCUGUACAUCCCCACCAUGGCCUUUGUCACGUACAUCAUCGUCACCUCGGUCAUCCUGGGUCUCGAGAGUCGAUUCCACCCGGAAGUGCUGGGAUUGCGGGCAUCCCGUGCACUGGCAAUCAUCCUCGUCGAACUCGCAGCGAUCAAACUCGGCACCUACCUGCUCAACAUCCAGGGCGACCAUACGAUGAUGGACCUCCUCGCCUACAGCGGCUACAAGUUUGUCGGCACCUUGAUCACGCUCCUGGUGGGACUGAUGAAGGUGCGCGGACUGGUGUACUGGAGCGUCUUCCUGUACUGUUUUGCGGCCAAUGCGUUUUUCCUACUUAGGAGUCUAAGGUAUGUCGUGCUGCCGGAUCCGAGCAGUCCGAGCAGCCAGACGAUCACGCAUGCGCAGCGGGGCAGGAGGAUCCAAUUCUUGUUCUGCAUUGCUGUGGUGCAGAUUGUGUUUGGGUGGGCAUUGAUCAUUGGGAUCUUCAAGGAGCCGGUCGUCAAGAAGCUCGUGUAG